AUGAACGAUAGUGAGACGUCUUUUAUGGAUAAGAGAAACAAGACUCUUAUACUCAAGGCUGUAACAGAAAAGAAGAAAUCGACUAUUUAGCAUAAGUUACAUAAAUAAUUGAAGCAUCUUGAUAUGUAUGGAGAAAAAGUCCAUCUUCUAUAUAAAGGGAAAGACUCUUAUAAGACAUCUAUUGGUGCAGCAUUCACUAUAUUAGUCAAAUUAAUCAUCUUAAGUUUCAUAGGUUAUGAGUGUUAUUUGCUAUUUACUUAUAAGCAUGCCAUUAAUUCAACUAAGUAUAUAAUAAGAGGUAAUGAAGCAGGUCCUAUUUACCCUGCUAGGAAUGGCUUUGACCUAUCAUUUAGACUCAAUAAGGAUUUUAAUGAAAGCUAUGGCUAGAUUUUAGCCACUCAGGUUUUCGAGACAGUUACUAAUCCAAUUUAAGAGAGAGUAACAUAACACUAGAACAUAGAAAUUAGAUCUUGUAAUUAGAACCCUGUAUUCUAGAGAUUUUCUUCAUCUAAGGAGAUUUAAUUACUAAGCUAAUAUAAAUGUUUCAAUAGCGAUCAUUUGAGCAUACAAGGAAAUCCUAUUUUAAGUGAUCAAUACUCUUACUUAUUGCUGUAAUUAUUACCGUGCCAAUAAACAAUUUACAACUAAACAGGAUUAUGUAAAAGUCAAAAAUAAAUAGAGGAAUACCUAGGUGAUAUGACUCUUUAACUUUUAUACAUCAAUACUAAUUUUAACUUUAACGACAUUAAAAAUCCUCUAUAGCCAUAUAUAGAUGAUUCACUGAAUAAUGUUUAUCUAGAUAUUUCUAGAGAAAAGCGCAUUGAUAUCAUCUUACAAGAAGCAUCUACAGAAGUGUAUAGCAAUUUCUUUAUAUUUUGGGAAAAGGCUGUAGAUAGAUUUGUCUAGGUUAGCAAAGUCUAGGUAUCAGAUCACAAGAUAAAUCCUUUAACUAAAAAUUUCGCUACGUUAAAGCUACAUCUCGAUCGAAGAUCAAUAGUUUAUCGUUUUAUUUCUGAAAAUUUCCUAGAUAUUCUUGAAAAGGUAGGAGGAUUUAAGCAUAUGAUGUUUGCUAUUGGGUUAUUAGGUGUCACUUUUUUCUAAAAAAGAUUAUUUAAGAGUUCUUUCUUUAGAUAGAUCUAUUAGACACGUAUAACAACUAAAGAAUUUUAGAAGAAAAUGGAGAGAAGAUUAUCCAAAGAUAAAACAAUCAACAAGAGUAAUUCAUAUAUAGGAAAAGAUGAGUUAUCCUCAAAGUCAAUAAAAAUUUCUUCUUUGUAAGAUAGUUAGGAAAAGAGUAAUGAUAAUCCAAGGAUAGUUAAAAAGAUGAUGACUUAGACAAAGCUAAAUGCAGAAUAGUUGGGUCAUGUAUAUUCUGAAGUAACAAAUAGAAGAAGAUUUGAUUACACACCUUAUGAUGUUUUUCAUUUUGUUUUACAUUGCUUUUGCAUCAGACACUCAAGGACAUUAAAAAAAUCAGCAGAUACUGUUAAACAUUUCUUCUUUCACAGAGCAAAUAAAAAGAUCCAUUAAGAACUUGACAUUGUCAAUCUAGUCCGAUCUAUUAGAAAACUAAAACUAAUGGCAAAAGUUAUUUUAUCCCAAAGAAGCAGAAUUCUUUUGAAGUUUUAAAGAAAAAAUUUGCUAGAGUCACACAGUUCAUCUUCUGAUUCAGACAAUCAUUAAUAUGAUACCAUGAAAUUACUUGAUAAUAAAAACUAGAUAGUAAGGCUAGCAAUAAAGGAAAAGAUAAAAAAGAGUCUGAUUCAUUUACAGGAAUCAUAAAUGAAUGAAAUAGAUAAAAAUCUUCUUAAAGGCAUUUAUCUAAAAGAUAAAAAGCAUAGAGAGGAACACCUGCCUUAAACUACUUUAAAAAAAUAAGGAACCGGGAAAAACAGACUUUUUGCCCGAUUUGGAUCACUUUAAUUAGUGAAUAAUGAUUUCUAGGAUAAGGUUUAAAGUGCUCUACCUCCAAUUUUAAAUAAAUCUAAAAAGGACAGUCUUAUCUAGCACUAAGUAUCUAUCGAUGAAGAAGCAAAUUAUUAAUUAGAAGAUGAUAGUCCUAAACAUUUGGAAGACAUAAGUGAGGAUCAACUUAUUGAUGGUACCUUAAAAGAGAAAGAUUUGGGAAGCAGCGAAAGUAGAUAAGGAGAAAUUGCUAACGUAGAGGAUCAAGAAGAUCCUAGCUUUUUUUGA